AGCUCUACGCCACAGAUAACAGGGAAAACAUUUAUCCACUGUCACAAGUUCUCCACGCUAGGCCAGGCGCAGUAGCUCACGCCUCUAUUCCCAGCACGGGGCCUGUUUAAGUUUUAACAGGAGAAAGGCGGCACUGGGGGCCUCACAGCGCAGCUUCUCCCGCACGAGCCCCACACCCGAGGCGGGAUUGCCCCCAUGACCCUCCCGUGGCCCCCACGCAAUAUGGAGAGACUCCGGGCUGCGGGCGCGGAGCUGUCCAGAGAGGGCUCCCGGGCUGGGGCCGCAGUCGCCGCGCAGCGACGAGACAGGGCGGCCAGGGGUCCCGGCUGCCGACCCAGCCGCACCGGGCGGCCGAGUGGACCGAAGGCCCAGCUGCGCCAUGGGGCUCGGGCCCCAGACCUCGGAGUCGCCGCGGGGAGGUCCGGGUCCCGGCACAGCCCGUUCCAGCCAGUUCCAACCAGCCUCCGCCUACCCGCCCCACGUCUCGGGACUCCCAGCGGGGGCUCACAUUCACCAUUUCCUGGCUUUCAGGUGACUACCACGUCCAAAGCAGUCACAACGCAGACGACAGGGCGACAGAAGUAUGGCGGUGGCAACCGGUCCCUUUCAGAGCAGGAAAAACGGGGUGCUAACCUCAUCCUGCGGGAGGAGCCAAAGACUGAAGCGAACGGCAAUGCGACCCGUGGAAAAAUAGUUGGCAGGGCCCCACCCCAGCGACUCUGAUUGGGUGGAGCGCCAGGCCCCGCCCCCUGCAUCCUGAGUGACAGCAGAAGUCCUGGGUAACAGGGCGAAGCCGAGCAGGACUGACCGCUUCAAGCCACAGUCCAAGGAUGAAGGAGCAGGGACAGCCCACGGAGUGAGGAAG